AUGGUUUCCUUCAACGCUCUCUUCGUCGCCGGAGUUUUGGCUAGCUCAGUCAUCGCCGCCCCCAUUACGCAAGGCGGCAAACGUGGCCUUGCCUACAAUGACCCUGCCGCCGUGGCUGCUUUCAAGGGCACUUCCGCCUUUUCUUGGGCAUAUAACUGGGGUGCUGAUUCCGGUAAAAUAAUGGACGGAAUUGACUACACCCCCAUGCUCUGGGGCCAGAAAUUCUUCAGCGGAUGGACCCAAUCCACUCCCUCGAUCCUAUCUUCCGGCUGCAAAUACGUUCUUAGCUUCAACGAGCCCGAUAUUCCAUCGCAAGCGAACAUGUCCCCCGCUGAUGCCGUCCAAGCACACAAGCAAUACAUGAAGCCAUUUGUCGGAAAGGCCUCUAUCGGUUCGCCUGCCGUCUCCAACGGUGGCGGUGAGAUGGGUCUUAGCUGGAUGAAGAAAUUCCUUGACGGAUGUGCUGGACAAUGCAACAUCGAUUUCCUCAACGUCCACUGGUACGAUUCUGCCCAGAACGUCGACGCCUUCAAGAGACAAAUCACCGAUGCAGUCAACCUCGCCAAGAGCAACGGUAUCGACAAAAUUUGGCUCACCGAAUUCCGUGGAGAUGGCGACCAAAACGCUCAGGUCCAAUUCUUGAACCAAGUCCUCCCAUGGCUCGACAGCAAUGCUGGCGUUGCCCGUUAUUCUUACUUCAUGGCCGAUGACCUCGUCCAGGGUGGUCAACUCACUCCUGUCGGCAAGGUUUAUGCCUCCUAG